AUUAACGUCACAAAAAACUAAAUAGUUAAUAACGAUGUAACCUCUCUCUACCUUACAGGAAGUUGGUGACUAAGUCCAGGUGAAGUGGCGGUGGGCAGGGCUUAGCCCACUGAGCCACCGCCUGACUGGUGGGGGGUGAUGAUCGCGACCGGUGGCCUCCUGCGGAUCAACGCACGGCGUCAGGACUCACUGAGGUCCAAAACACACAAAGCACACACACACAAGAGGAAGAACAAGAAGAAGAGGAGGAACGAGGUAGUGGUGGUGAAAGGGAAGUUGAAGCUGUUUUCAGUCUCAGGCCUCGUGGCGGCACUUGGCAUCCUGGUCCUGCUGGUGGGUGUGGUCAUGGCAGCUCUGGGCUACUGGCCUCGUGACGGACUGUUCUUCAGUGCUCAUCCACAGGAGGGCGCCGCAAUGGCCUCUGUGUCCUCCAGCAGUGCCGCACCUGCACCUGCUGAUGCUCAGGGCGAAGUGAUGGGGGAGGAACUUCAAGGAGAUGAAGGCAACAACAGAGGGAGAGGAGAAGAAGGAGAUGGAGGAGGUCGUGAUGAUGGUUUCAACCGGACAGAGACCAUCAAUGGGACGACCCGACAGCUUCCACGAGGCUUUCUGGAGGAUUUUCUGGAAAGCUCCCACUACUCCUCAGUAAAGAGAACAGGUAUCUGCAAUGGAUGGAAGAUAAGUGUACUGGAGGAAAAUGACCCAGACAACACCAUCAUGACAGUCAACCUGUUUAAAAAUGGAACUGCCAUGGUUCAAGAACACCUGGCAAAGUUUGAGGGUGACUUCCCCACCAUGAAACUCAGGGCUCAAAAGGAGAAGGAGGGUCUUACAAAUACCCCACCAACCCAUGGAAGCAAAACCUCCACCUCUUCUCUCCCCACGUCUGACAGAGAGCCUGCAGACGCUGACACUGACCCUCCCCUACUGGAGCACUCAGAGGCUCUGAACAUCAUGAGGGAACAGUUCUCCCAGAUGGAGACAGAGCUGGUACAGCUCAGGGAGCAGCUGGACCAACAGCAGCCGAACUCUCCCUCCUUCCAGGAUACCCUGACCAUCUUCAGGAGAGAACUGGAGGACAUACUCAACGCUCG